ACUCAAAUUUGUUCUCUACCUCAAGGUUACUGACGGAGCUAGCUAUGAGAUGAAUUGGUGGAAUUCAUUGGAGAAAGCAGGCAACAUUUCAAAAUUUGCGAUCACAGCCUUGAAAAGUGCCCAACAAAAAAUAGAUGAAGUUCUCGAUAUCACGGAUGAAGCUACUAAUCAAAACGCACUGCCUACGCUAUUCGAAUAUUCAACUAGACAAGUUGACGCAACGGAAACAUUAGUAUCGUUUAAACUAAAUGAAUCAAGUCGUUGUGAACCGAAACCGAUGUUCCAUUGUCAAAAAUAAAUAAAGAUGUACCCUUUUGGCGGUAUAAAAUUACAGUUCGGUGGCGUAGGAGAUUAACUGUGAGAAAAGUCGUUAACAUUGAAGAUUAAUAUAAUUACAGAGAAAUCUGAGUGUGAAGUAGGCAGCGAUUGUGGAGAUUUGGAGAGAUCUUGUUCAACAAGUUUGAGAAGUCAUCACUCACCUCUUAUGGAUUCUCUGGAAAAAGUUGUUUACGACCAAUUAGACAAUUUCGCAUCCAGUGAUUCUGAUAAGGUGCUAACUGAUGAGAACACUAAAACUGAUGAGUUGUGGGAAAUAGAUUCUACAUUGGUUAAUGAUUGUUCUACUGUCACUGAACAAAAAACAUCACAGGAUUUAUGUGAAAAAAAGUGUGAUGCACCAAAAGUAACAAUUUCUUCGGAAUACAUUGCACAAGAAUCAGCUGUUGAUGUAAAUUCGCAAUUGUCAUCCCUAGAAAAGGAAUUGCAGUUAGUGAAUAAAUCAAUUCCCAAUAAAGAUAUAACCUCUUUGCAUCGUUCUUCAUCUGAUAUAGUACUACCACUCACUGCUCAACCAGUAUGUGCCGAUGACGAUUUUGAUACUAAUACCACUAGUUCGGAUAUUGAAGUAAUUUCGUGUUGUAAUUCUACAUAUGGUGGUGAAGUCCACGAGUUACAUUCUUCUAAUACACCUACUAUUAUGUCUCCUGUUAAAGAGCCACGUCUGUCAUCGGGAUUCAAUCAAAACUCACUUGUUUUGCAAAAAUAUUAUCUUAGAGGAUUUAGUGCUCCGAUUGUUUUAAACAAAUGUUCUAGUGGUCCUGAACAUCGUAGAUCUGUUAGUGUUUCGCAAGAUUUAUGUAUGGGUUUGCAAAAUACUAUUGACGAUGAUUUGACAUUUGCCUAUCAUGACCUCGCUAAGAAGUUCUCCGAUGUCAAACAUUUACUAAAUGUUCGUGAAGCAAAAAUUAUGCAACUUAGCCAUGAGAACAACGUACUACAGAAUUCAGUCUCAAUAUUGCAAGAGCAAUUAAAAACUACACUGACCACACAAGAAAUUGUCACUACUGAUGUGUCCAGUAUUACCUCAGAGUUUUCUCAACGUUUAUCAGAUACAGAGAAACGAUUACAGGUUGUUUGUCGUGAACGAGACCAAUUGAAAAAAAGUUUGUCGUCGGUGAAACAAAAAAUUCCGGUGAUCACACGUGCUGUAGGUGAUGAUAAACCUUUCGUAAAUAAUGAUAUAAAACGUGUAAAUGAAUUAGAGAAUGUAAUUUUGCAGAAAAAUGAAGAAAUUGAGAAUUUAUUAAAAGAAGGUCAUAAAUUAUCUGCUGAUCAGUUGAAGACAAAUAAUCUAUUAAAAAAGCUUCGUUCAGAACAGAAAAAAAGCAAGCAGACAGAAGCAUCACAUUUGAAACAAAUUGAACAAUUAACUGUUGAAGUUCAACGGCUGCGAAGCAGUUUAGAAAAUAAGGAAGAGAUACUUGGUAUUCAACUAACCAAUUCUACUAGACAAACGAAAGUGAUAAAUAAUUUGGAAGAACAACAGGAAAUUCUUAAGAUUCAAAUCAGUAAGAAUGAAAUUAAAAUAUCUGACCAAAAACAGGAGCUGGAGAUUCUCAUCAAUGAAAAUUCAGAGUUGAAAGAACAGUUGAAUCAAAUUCACUGUCAUUCACAAGCUGAAAGUCAAUGUGUCGAAGAUUUAGAAAAAGUAAAGGCUGAAUGUGAAACCUUAAAACAGAAACUGAACAGCAAUUCAAGAGAUUUACGUGCAUUUAAAACACAACAUGAAGAACAAGCGAUCAAAUGGAGAGAAGAAAUUCAGUAUUACCAGGGUUUAUUGUCUGAUGCCCAAUUGAAAAUUGAUCUAUUGAAUGAAACAACUACUACUGCAACGCAACCAAUCAUGAAACAAUUAGAAAUUCUUCAAUCUAAUUUCAAUAAUCAUGCAUUUGAAUGGGAAACAAAAGAAAGACAAUUGAAUAAAUUAUUAGCUGAAUAUAAACUUACAGCCGAUAAUGCUCAAACGUCUGAAGAAUCAUGGCGAAGUCAGCUUCAAAUAGCAGAGGAUAAUUUAGCAGUGGCUAGAUUAGAAUUGAAUUCCUUAAAGCAGAAAUAUGUUGAUUUGCAGAAAAUAUUUACAGCAGAACAAGAAAAAUCACAGGGUAGCAUGUUCGAUUUACAAGAAUUAACUGUCAAACUGGAAACAUCUAAAUCUGAAAUGAAUGAAUUUCUUUCUCGUAUAAGUGAAUUACAACAAACAUUGUUAUCUGAAGAGCAACGUUAUAAAGCAUUAGAAGCGGUGAAUAAUAAUUUAUGCUUACAACUAGAAGAAAUGAAAUUGGCAAAAGACCAACUUGUGGCAAAUAAGGUCAUCGAUCAACCAUUGAAUUCACAUUCAAUUGACAGAAAAUCUCCAUUCAACAAUGAAGUAGCCAGUAUUCCAAAAACAUUUCAAUUUCAGUCUGAUAUGGUCAAUCAAGCUUCUAUGGAAUAUUUUCAAUCUCAUCUACAUUUGCGCGAAGGUGAAUGUGCUCAUUUGAAACGUCAAAUUGAACAAUUAACAGCCACACAAGAGAAGUUAUUAACUGAAGUUGCUAAACAAACAGCUCGAGCUGAGAAAUACGAAAAGUUAGCAGGUGUAAAAUAUACAAACCAUGUAAAUAGAACUUUAUCACAAUCAGAUUCCUUUGCUCCUACUACAAAUAAUUACCAUAAUCAUAAUAUUGUCGAUGUAAUUGAUGACAAUGAUCCUACAAUGGAAUUACAACAACGUUAUGAAACUUUAUUGAUUUUAUGCGGUAAAUUAACGGAAGAAAAUAAUGAACUUAAAUUGGAUUUAGCUGAUGUUAAAGAAAUGUAUAGAGCGCAGAUUGACAUGCUUUUAAAAAGUCAAUAGUUCUAUCACCUCAGUUCGCUGAUUGUCUGUGAUAUUCAAUGAAUUAAAUGCAUAAUUUAAUGUUACUCCGUAAAUGAAUUUACACUGUUUCCAAGACGUGUUAUGUGUUAUCUUUUUUACAAAAAGCGAUGCACAAUGUAUGUGUUUGUAAAUUAACUUAUGAUUUCGGAAAGAACUAAGCGUAGUUCUAUGUUUGAUUCUACUAAACUUUUGUAUUCAGUUUCGCAGUGUUAUAAGUUAUAAUGAGAAUUUCUUCGUUUCUGUCAGUUUUAUUGUGAAUAGCGGUCAUGUUAUUUCCACUCUCUUUUUCUGUUAGUUUUUUAAAACUGUGUUUGAUUACUUUUUAAUUAUAACACUUUUUCGAGGAGACGUUUACAUUGAUUCAAACGCUUAAAACGUUGUAUUCCAAAAUCUACAUUAUUUUCGAAUAUUUAAUUUCUAUUUAUUCU